UCUGUCUUCACGUUCCCGGAUAAGACAAAGCAAAUCGGACUGAGAGUCUCGAGACGCACGAUGCCUCGAGAAAUAAUCACUCUUCAGCUUGGCCAAUGCGGCAAUCAAAUCGGAAUGGAGUUUUGGAAGCAACUGUGUGCAGAGCACGGCAUACGCAAAGACGGAGUGCUGGAGGACUUUGCGACGGCGGGGAUGGACAGGAAGGAUGUGUUCUUUUACCAGGCCGAUGAUGAGCAUUACAUUCCACGUGCUGUUCUCCUCGAUCUCGAACCAAGAGUUAUCCACAUGAUCUUGAAUUCUGACUAUGCCAAGCUAUACAACCAAGAGAACGUUUAUUUGUCGAAACACGGAGGAGGUGCAGGAAAUAUAUGGGCAUCUGGAUAUGCACAGGCCGAACGAUUAUUUGAAGAAAUAUUCGACAUCAUCGAUCGUGAAGCAGACGGCAGUGACAGCCUAGAAGGUUUCAUGAUGUGUCACUCUAUUGCUGGUGGGACGGGGUCAGGAAUGGGAUCGUUUCUUCUCGAGAAACUCAGCGACAGAUAUCCAAAGAAACUUGUUCAGUGUUACUCUGUAUUUCCAAACCAGGAGGAAAUGAGUGACGUUGUUGUUCAACCUUAUAACUCAAUGCUGACGUUGAAACGUUUGACUGACUUUGCCGACUCGGUGGUCGUUCUUGACAAUACUGCAUUGAAUCGUAUUGCUGCUGAGCGACUUCGGAUUGCCAAGCCAACGUUUGCACAAGUUAAUCAACUGGUCUCAACAAUUAUGGCCAGCAGUACGUGUACUCUGAGAUAUCCAGGAUAUAUGAACAAUGAUCUUAUAGGAAUGAUAGCAUCUCUUAUACCAACUCCACGACUGCAUUUCCUGAUGACAGGUUACACACCUCUAACAGAUGAACAUCAGGUUGCAAGUGUCAGGAAAACUACAGUUCUUGAUGUUAUGAGACGGUUGCUGCAGCCCAAGAACAUGAUGGUUUCAGCACCACACGACAGAGGACACAACCACUGCUACAUUUCUGUACUCAACAUAAUACAAGGAGAAGUGGAUCCGACGGAGGUUCACAAGAGUUUGCAGAGAAUCCGAGAACGCAAACUAGCACAGUUUAUUCCAUGGGGACCAGCCAGCAUUCAAGUUGCUCUUUCUCGGAAGUCUCCAUACAGUCCAUCUGCCCAUCGUGUGAGUGGUCUGAUGAUGGCUAAUCACACCGGAAUAUCAUCAUUGUUUCAGACUACGUGUCGAGAUUAUGACAAGCUGAAGAAAAGGAAUGCGUUUCUGGAGCAGUUUCGACGGGAGAAGAUGUUUGAAGAUAGUCUUGAGGAACUGGACAGUGCAAGAGAAGCAGUUGGAGACCUGAUAGAAGAAUACCACGCCGCCACAUCAGAAAACUACAUCAACUGGGCAUCUAAGAAAGCCAGUGAAGCAGCCACACGCUGAACACAAUCAGAGAAACAGACAUCAGGCAUCA